AUGCCCGCACACGCUCUUGCGCCACUCACUCCAGCGCGGCCUGGCCCCGGGCUCCACUCCUGCUCCUGCGUCGUGCCGCUCACGCGCCAACGCUGCGCCCGCACUGCCCGAGCUGCAGCCGCUCGCCUGCGCCAGCUCCUGUUGCGGCCGCCAGUCCCGCUCUCCAGCACUGCCAACGCCACGCGCUCACGCGCGCCUGCAUCCGCUCGCCUGCUCCACGCGCGCGCUUGCUCCUGCGCUGCGUCGCUCCCACGCACCUGCACCGUCGCCUCAGGCUCGCCCGCUUGCACCGCACCCGAGCCUGCUCCGCUCGCUCCCAGGCUCACCAGCCCACGCCUGCGUGCCGCCCUCGAGCUCGAGCGCCCGCGCCACGCGCUGCCUCUGCGAGCUUGCGCCACGCCCGAGCUGCCGCUCCGCGCCGCGCAUGCCGCUCGCUCCCGCGCCUGUGACGCACCCGAGCCGCCCGCCAGCGCCGCCGGCCUCCGCGCCAAGCCGCCCCGGGCCGAGCCACAACCGCCCGCCCGGCUCCUGCUCCUGUGCGCUGCGCGCUCGCUCGGCGCCCGCCGCGCCCGGGCCGCUCCGCUCGGGGUCGCCGCGCCCGCGCCCCCCGACCCGGCCGCGCCUCUCGCCCAGCGCGCUGCGCCGCCUGUGCUGCCUGCUGAGGAAGGAACAGAGAGAGAGAGAGGAAGGAAAUGA